GUGUCAAACGUAUUUGAAGUAGGUACACUAUACUGAACUACACUGUACUGAAAAAAUAAUUUUUGUCAUGGAUUUGUCGGAUUUGCCAUGCACAAUUAUUAUCGCGAUGGAAUUCAAUAUUAUCUUUAUAUCUAAGUACAAAGUGCCUCACGUCGACGUACGAUAUACAAUUAUUAUCGAUGUGACUCGGUGGAAAUAUGAAGUGGGCUGGUCUAUUAUUAAAAGGUCUAUGAUUAUAUUAUUAUUAUUAUUAUUAUUUGAGUUAUCGCGUUAUUGAGCUACCAAUUUAUUUUUUUGCGAACAAUUAUUCUUCGAUCAAUUGUCGUUUCGAGCAAUUGUUUUUCGAUCAAAAGUUUUCGAGCAAUUCUCGUGCGAUCAAUUGUUUUCGAUCAAUUGACGGGAUACCACAUUACACAUAUACGUGAAUGGUUUUUACGUGCCUGUUGUUUAUUUUUUUUUUACCAAACAAAACAAAACAAAUUUACAUUAUAAUGUGGAAGUAUCUUUUGCAAAUAUGUUCGGCUCUAAACGUUAAAAAGCUGCAUCUCGACUUCGAAAUUGGUGCUCACGAAGCAGUCAAAGAAAUUUUUCCCAAUGUCAUUAUCGAAACUUGCCGUUUUCAUAUAGCCCAAGCUUGGUGGAGAAAGAUAAACGGAGAAUCAAAGUUGAGAAGUGCAUACAAAGACAACAAUGACGAAUUAGGUCAAUGGCUUAAAUUAUUUUUUGGUUUGCCUUUUCUACUUCCCACUGAUGUCGAUGAUGCGUUUACAAAACUUAUGGCAAUAUGUCCAGACUUAGAAGUUGGGAGUUUAUUUUCAGACUACGUGUUAAACACAUACAUUGAAGAUGAUUCGCUAUUUCCUCCUAUUCUUUGGGCUCAAGUACCGUCAUUAAACCCAAGAACCACCAAUGGAACAGAAAGUUUUCACAGAACUUAUAAUGGAAAAUUUUACAGCACACAUCCUCCUACACAUGCAGUAAUUUCUGUUUUAAAGGAGACCCAAACACAAACCGUGGCAAUAAUCAACUCCAUUGAAAAUAAUAUUACAAAAACCAUGGCCAGGGUUAUGGUUCAUUAAUAUUUUGAUAAUAUUGUUCUGUGAUAAUAUAAAGAUGUUGAUAACAGAAGAUAUGUUGAUAAGGUUUCAUUAAUUUUAUUUUAUUGGACCAAAAUCGGGCCUAUAAAUUUAUGGAUCAAUAGUGACUAAUGGUCGAUAACUUAUUGGUUCAAUAACUUUGUGCAACGUAUUUUAAUUUUUAUCGAUUCAAUAACUCAAUUUAUUGGACCAAU